AUGUUGUUGAAACUCUUCUACUUCUACGGAGCAGGCUGUGGCCUGAUGCCUGCCCUGCUGAGGAAGAGGAAGUUCCUGCGGGGCUCCUGGCAAAGAGGCUACCUCAUCUACACGGCCUGCCUGCAUGGGGUGCUCCUGGUCCUUCUGCCCUUCACAUUUCCCCAGUACAUGUACGACGAGAGCUACAUGAGCGGGAACCUGGUGCUCCAGUGGGUAUUUAACUUAACCAACAUAACUCGCAUAUUUGCAAUGAUUUCCGGUGGUUUCAUGAUGUGGUCAAAGAGGGAGAAGCUUCAAGAAAUGGCUGUGAGGACAUUUAAUCAUUGCCAGAAGUGCAAAAAGCUAGGCAAUGAUUCUAGCCUCAGGAAGAGCAUUCGCGGUCUGCUGGGCCAGUACUUCUUCGUCCUCAACUUGAGUAUCCUGGUGGCCUUUUUGCUGCUCUCUCGAAUCGACACGGAUCAGUGCUUCAGAAAUGCCACCAUGAUUGUUGUGCACAUCCUGCAAUUCACCUAUGUGGUCAUCAUGACGGCGGCUCUCUAUGUUAUUCUGGUGUUCCUCCACUGGCAGAACGAGCGAGUGAAUAUGGCCCUCAAGGAAUUGUCCUUCUCCCUGCACCACGAAGAGCGUAACUCCCUGGUCCUAUCCGCAGGAAAAGCCAGAAGAUCCCUGAACAAUCUACGUAACCUCUUCCAGCUAUAUUCCGAAAAUCAGAGACUGAGCCGUGAAGUUUUUGGCAUUUUUGACCUGCCCAUAGCCCUGUUGUUGCUGAAAUUGUUUGUGACAAACGUGAAUUUAGUAUAUCAUGGCGUUCAGUUCGGCAAUGAUUCUAUAGAAACCUCGAUGUACACUAAGUUCGUGGGACAAUUGGUGGUAAUUACACAUUACUGGAGUGCAGUCUUGCUCAUGAAUGUUGUGGACGACAUAACCCGAAGGAGUGGCCCUAAAAUGGGGGAUAUUUUGCGAGAAUUCAAUGACCUGGAACUGGUAAAGAGGGAGUUUCAUUUACAGCUGGAACUCUUCUCGGAUCAUGUGCGGUGUCAUCCUGCAACUUACAAAGUCUGCGGCCUCUUUGUUUUCAAUAAACAAACAAGUUUGGUUUACUUUUUCUAUGUUUUAGUGCAGGUUCUGGUGCUUGUUCAGUUUGAUUUGAAGAAUAAAGUCGAUAGACAGUAA